AUGGGAAGUGAUGGUAUUAAGUAUGUCAGACGUCCAGCCGGAAAAAGAUUCCAUCCCAUGUAUCAACUGCCCACUGUAAAGCAUGGUGGAGGAAACAUUAUGCUUUGGGGUUGCUUUAGUAGUCAUGGAGUCGGACCUCUUCGCCAAAUUCAUGGAAGUUUGGACAGAUACGGUUAUGAGGAGAUCUUAGAAACAACAAUGCGUCCAUUUGCUCUUCAAAUCAUUGGCAGAGGAUUCAUCUUUCAGCAAGAUAAUGACCCGAAGCACACAUCCUCGCAUAUUCGUGACUGGUUCAACCGGCGUCAUGUGGAAAUUCUUGACUGGCCAAGUCAGUCUCCGGAUCUGAAUCCGAUUGAACAUUUAUGGGAAGAGCUGGAACGUCGCAUGAAAGGGAAAAAAGCAAGAAAUUCCGCCGAAAAAUUUGCUCAAUUUGAAGAAGCCUGGAAUCCCACAGUCUUGUCUUGA